AUGAGCUCUCGCUAUAAUUGGUUGAAUGAAGGAGUACCAUGUGCAGGUGAUCACAUUGUGUUUGAAGAAGAGAAAUUAACUGUAGCGGUCCUUGACAGAGAUAUAGAUGUUUCUCAGAUCGAAUUUUCAAAUACAGGAGUCAUGUAUUUUGAUGAUAAUGUGAUACUUGGUCGUGCAGAUUACCAACAAUGUCAACGUAAAAAAAGUGAAGAACAUGCCUUUUACGAGCCUGAUACCUACUUCGGUUCUUACUAUGAUCCGAAUAGUUGGAAAACAAGUUUAGACUCACCAUACUUGCAUAUGAAAUGGAUUCCUGGUCCUGAUGAUGAAGUUAUAUUCCAUGACAGCAACCUUCAAUUCUAUAUGGAAAAGCCUACACGGAUCGCCAAGCUCUGGUAUGCGAAUCGAGUACGUUCCUUUUCUCAUUUACAAAAUGAAAACAAAAAACAAAAUUCUUGA